CGCGCGCACUAGGCCGAUAACGCUGGGUGCCGCUUCCCCCGCCCCCACCCCACCCUCGGUGGCCUCAGGUUUGUGGGGCGAACGUAACUAGGGCGGGGGGGUGGCGAAGGUGGCAGGACGCCACUGCCGCACCCCCAGCGGGGUGCGGUGGUUCGAGCCCCGGAAGCCGGGUCCCGGCCGUGUCCCCUUUCCUGGGGGAAGUUGGUGGAGUUUUCCCGGCUCAGCCCUCGACGCAGAAACUUCCUCCGUCCCCCUCCCCCCUCUCCAUGCAGGCGACGCCGAGCGAUGCCGAGGCCGGGGGCGAAUCGCCGCAGAGCUGCGUGUCGGCCGCGCGCUCUGAUUGGACAGCAGGGAAGCCUGUCAGUUUAUUGGCCCCGCUGAUCCCGCCCCGUAGCUCAGGGCAGCCUUUACCCUUUGGCCCCGGCGGGCGCCAGCCACUCAGAUCGCUGCUUGUUGGUAUGUGCAGCGGCAGUGGCCGCCGACGGAGCAGUCUGAGCCCGACGAUGAGGCCGGGGACUGGAGCCGAGCGUGGAGGCCUCAUGGUGAGUGAAAUGGAGAGCCAACCUCCCUCGCGGGGUCCCGGGGACGGGGAGCGGAGAUUGUCCGGCUCAAACCUGUGCUCCAGUUCUUGGGUCUCUGCUGACGGCUUCCUGAGGAGACGGCCCUCGAUGGGGCAUCCUGGCAUGCAUUAUGCACCAAUGGGAAUGCACCCUAUGGGUCAGAGAGCAAACAUGCCUCCCGUACCUCAUGGAAUGAUGCCACAGAUGAUGCCCCCUAUGGGAGGACCUCCAAUGGGACAAAUGCCUGGAAUGAUGUCUUCAGUAAUGUCAGGAAUGAUGAUGUCUCAUAUGUCUCAGGCUUCCAUGCAACCUGCCUUACCGCCUGGAGUAAACAGUAUGGAUGUAGCUGCAGGUGCCGCAUCUGGUGCAAAAUCAAUGUGGACAGAACAUAAAUCACCCGAUGGAAGGACUUAUUAUUAUAAUACUGAAACAAAGCAGUCUACCUGGGAAAAACCAGAUGAUCUUAAAACACCUGCUGAGCAACUCUUGUCUAAAUGCCCAUGGAAAGAGUACAAAUCUGAUUCUGGGAAGCCUUAUUACUAUAAUUCUCAGACAAAAGAGUCCCGCUGGGCCAAACCCAAGGAACUUGAGGAUCUUGAAGGAUACCAGAAUACCAUUGUUGCUGGAGGUCUUAUUACAAAAUCAAACCUGCAUGCAAUGAUCAAAGCUGAAGAAAGCAGCAAGCAAGAAGAAUGUACUACAACAUCCAUAGCCCCAGUUCCUACAACAGAAAUUCCUACCACUAUGAGCACCAUGGCUGCUGCAGAAGCAGCAGCUGCUGUUGUUGCAGCUGCUGCAGCAGCUGCUAAUGCCAAUACUUCCACCACACCUAGUAAUACUGUCGGAAGUGUUCCAGUUGCUCCAGAGCCUGAAGUUACUUCCAUUGUUGCUACUGUUGUCGAUAAUGAAAAUUCAGUAACUAUAACCAAUGAAGAACAAGCACAGAUUGCUAAUACCACGGCUAUUCAAGAUCUAAGUGGUGACAUGUCCAGUAAUGCUGGAGAAGAACCUUCUAAACAAGAAACUGUAACCGAUUUUACUCCUAAAAAAGAAGAGGAAGAGAGCCAACCUGCAAAAAAAACAUAUACUUGGAAUACAAAGGAGGAGGCAAAGCAAGCAUUUAAAGAAUUAUUGAAAGAAAAGCGGGUACCCUCCAAUGCUUCAUGGGAACAAGCUAUGAAAAUGAUCAUUAAUGAUCCUCGGUACAGUGCGUUAGCAAAGCUGAGUGAAAAAAAGCAGGCUUUUAAUGCCUAUAAAGUUCAGACUGAAAAAGAGGAAAAAGAAGAAGCAAGAUCAAAAUACAAAGAAGCUAAGGAAUCUUUUCAGCGUUUUCUAGAAAAUCAUGAGAAAAUGACUUCCACAACCAGAUACAAAAAAGCCGAGCAAAUGUUUGGGGAGAUGGAAGUUUGGAAUGCUAUUUCAGAGCGUGAUCGGCUUGAAAUCUAUGAAGACGUUUUGUUCUUCCUUUCAAAAAAAGAAAAGGAACAAGCAAAGCAGUUACGAAAGAGAAAUUGGGAAGCCUUAAAAAACAUACUUGACAAUAUGGCUAAUGUUACGUACUCUACUACUUGGUCUGAAGCCCAGCAGUAUCUAAUGGAUAACCCAACGUUUGCAGAGGAUGAAGAGUUACAGAACAUGGAUAAAGAAGAUGCAUUAAUAUGCUUUGAGGAACAUAUCCGGGCUUUAGAAAAGGAAGAAGAAGAAGAAAAACAGAAGACUUUAUUGAGAGAAAGGAGGCGGCAGCGUAAAAAUAGGGAAUCUUUCCAGAUAUUUUUAGAUGAAUUACAUGAGCAUGGACAACUACAUUCUAUGUCCUCUUGGAUGGAACUGUAUCCAACUAUUAGUUCUGACAUUAGAUUUACUAAUAUGCUUGGUCAGCCGGUUUUUUCAUUAGGAUCAACUGCACUUGAUCUUUUCAAGUUUUAUGUUGAAGAUCUUAAAGCACGUUAUCAUGAUGAAAAAAAGAUAAUAAAAGACAUUCUUAAGGAUAAAGGAUUUGUAGUUGAAGUAAAUACUACUUUUGAAGAUUUUGUGGCAAUAAUCAGUUCAACAAAAAGAUCAACUACUUUGGAUGCAGGAAAUAUCAAGUUGGCUUUCAAUAGUUUACUAGAAAAGGCAGAAGCCCGUGAGCGUGAAAGAGAAAAAGAGGAAGCACGGAAAAUGAAAAGAAAAGAGUCUGCAUUUAAGAGUAUGUUGAAACAGGCUACUCCUCCGAUAGAGCUGGAUGCUGUUUGGGAAGAUAUCCGAGAGAGAUUUGUAAAAGAACCAGCAUUUGAGGACAUAACUCUAGAAUCUGAAAGAAAAAGAAUAUUUAAAGAUUUCAUGCAUGUGCUUGAGCAUGAAUGCCAACAUCAUCAUUCAAAGAACAAGAAACAUUCUAAGAAAUCCAAAAAACACCAUAGGAAACGCUCCCGUUCUCGAUCGGGAUCAGAAUCAGAUGAUGAUGACAGCCAUUCAAAGAAAAAAAGACAGCGAUCAGAGUCCCAUUCUGCUUCAGAACAUUCUUCUAGUGCUGAGUCCGAGAGAAGUUAUAAGAAAUCAAAAAAGCAUAAGAAGAAAAGCAAAAAGAGGAGACAUAAAUCUGAUUCUCCAGAAUCAGAUACUGAACGAGAGAAGGAUAAAAAAGAUAAAGAUCGGGAAAGCGAAAAAGAGAGAAGUAGACAGAGAUCAGAGUCAAAACACAAAUCACCUAAGAAAAAGACUGGAAAGGAUUCUGGUAACUGGGAUACUUCUGGCAGCGAACUGAGUGAAGGGGAAUUAGAAAAGCGCAGAAGAACACUUUUGGAGCAACUGGAUGAUGAUCAAUAAAUUAUACCAAAUAUAUGUUUAUAGUAUGAUUUAAAGUCUAAUUCAGACCAGGGAUUAUUUUAAGUUCAAUUUACAAAAUAACACUGGGUUUUAAUUGUGUCACAGGAAAAAAAGUGCAUUUAUGUAUUGUUAUUGUGGACUUUAUAAAAGCAAAGGAAAUUGAAAAUAACUUGAUUCUGUAUCAAGAAUCAUAUUUUCCUACAGUCAUAACUGUCUUUCUGUGACCCUUUCCUAGGGCACUGCAGGAUGGAUUAAAAGUGGCAAUUUACUGAUAGCUGCAGACGUCUCUACUUUGUUCUAAGUCAUGAGGUGAUUUGAUUUACUUUAUAGAAGUUGGAUUUUGACGAUAUAAUGAACAUUUUUUUUUUUAUAAUGUAGUACAAAAAAAGCACCAGCAACCCAUGAUUAGACUGCUUUUUUGUGCACUACUAAACUGGUUAAAGCCAACGUUAUCUUUUAUGGUGAGCUCUUAAGAAAUGGGUGUUUUUGCUGGAAACUUGGUAGACCUUUACCUGGUGGUGCUAAUGAGCACUGCUGUAAUAAAGCCACCAUUAUUUUUUAUGAAACAUCUGAAUACAUUUUAAAAAAGGCUAUGAGGGCAUUAUUUUGAGCAUCUAUUUUGAGGUGAUGUUUUAAAAUAGCUAACAUCAAAUCAAAUUGUAAAUUACUUUAAAUAUAUUGCCUUAAGGACCUACUAAAGAAUGUGCCACCGAACUUUUGAGUGAUAGUUGAAAUAUCCUUGGGGGGGGGGGGAAUCAAUGUUGACUGAAACAUUUUCUUUGAAUUUUUAAUCCAAUCUUUCUCUUUCACUUUUUUUUAAUUCCAUUGAGGAGGUUGUAAAAUGCCUUCCUUAUUCACUGAGAAGUAUUGAAUCCAUGGUACACAGUCUAAAACAUUUCUGAUUUCAAUAUUUUUGUACAUUUUUAUCUAUUAUUAAACCUUCUCUUAUAGUGUGCACUAGUGUUUAUUUCUACACGAACUACUCAGCGCUAAGGAAAUUGUAUGAUCAUUUACAAGAUAAUAAAUCCCUGAAAUUUUGUUUCAUCCUU